GGUAAAAUGGAUGUCUCCUUUUUAUUCGAUAUGGACAACAAUCAGUCCUAUGUGGAAGAGCAUUUUUACUUUGAAGAACAUAUUGACGGCUUUGGCAUCACACUGGCGAUUCUCUACCUUGUGGUUUGCAUUGUGGGGCUAGCUGGGAAUUCCCUCGUCAUCAUCGCCAUAUUGAAAUUGGACAAAAUGUCAUCUUCCACGACAGUGUACAUUUUCAACUUAGCUCUGGCUGAUGGACUCUUCAUGGUUGGUCUCCCUUUCAUAGCGAUCCAGAACUUCAAGAACCACUGGGCGUUUGGUAACACUGCGUGCAAAGCAGUCAUGGUCCUGGACGGCAUCAACCAGUUCACCAGCGUGUUCUGUUUGACAGCGAUGAGCGUCGACCGCUUCAUGGCGUUGGCCGACCCGCUGCGGUUUGCCCGUUGGAGAACGCCGCGCUGCGCCAAGAUCAUCUCUGCACUGCUGUGGCUCUUCUCCCUCCUCACCAUUCUUCCUAUGGCACUUCACUUCUCAGCUGAUCGAGGCCUAUGCAUACCAGACUUUGUUUCGGACACCUGGUGGCUCGCCGUCCUCUCGUACACCUUCGUCACGGGCUUCGCCUUGCCGUUUAUGGUCAUGCUGACCUCCUACACCGCUAUGCUGUUCACGCUGCGGUCCCAGAGGCUCCGAGCCUCUGCAUCCAACAAUGACGCCAACCGACUGGAGCAACAGGUCACCAAGAUGGUGGUUGCGGUCGUGGUUGUGUUCGGCAUAUGCUGGCUGCCGUUUUACACCUUCAACUUCUUCUCCCUCUAUCAAAAUGGCCUGGACUUGGCUUUAGCCAGGGCUUUUGAGUUUGUGGUCUUGUUGUCAUACUCGUGGAGCUGCGCCAACCCCAUCCUCUACGCCUUUCUCUCCGACACCUUCAGGAGGUACUUCCGCACCCUGAUCUGCCCCAUGUCCAAGUCAUCUCCCAGCAAGUGCAACACUGAAUGGUAUGACCUAAAUGAAACAACUGUAAGGGAUGUCACCAUUAUGCCAUGAAAAAGAAGGACUGACUCCUCAUGAUACUUAAUCUAAAAUCAUAAUAAGCUGUGUGAAAUGUAUUUACUCAUAUAAUGGGUUUCGAUUUUAGCAUUUUAAUGGAGAAUGUUUUAAAGGCACAUAAUUUCCUGCAAGAAUAAAGUUGUAUAUAUUUUUCUUGUGUGUUGGGACUAGGGUGAUUGGAUCUGAUGUCUUGGUGACAGGGUUGUGAGUUGAUGUUUUCUAAGCCAUGGAUUCCACUCAUCACUGUCUCAUGUGAAAGUGUUUGACACAGAAAGGUUCAGUGCACUUCUGUUGAUCACACUCUUUACUGUCCGAGCACUGACCGUGAACAUUCCCACUCAUCUGAAGAGUUUACCCUGUACUUUUGUAAAAAUGUUUUGGUUAAAGGGCCCAAGUUUGUUAUUCAACUGACUCUAAA